AUGCUUUCCUGGAUCAACCCAUUGCGAAUCGUGCAGGCCAUCCUGUCCCUAGCCACGAUUGGUCUUACCGCAUAUGAAAUUGCCUCUCUGUACGACAAAUGGUCCUACUCGAAUGUAGUCUACUACAUGCUCUUCAACGGCUGCUGGACAACAGCCAUCGCAGUCCCAUACCUGGGCCUCGCACCCCUACGCUUCCCUCGCUUCUCGCAUGAAAUCGCAAUUCCUCUCAUAGAGCUGCUCACCGGCGGCCUCUGGCUCAGCGGCUGGAUCGCCUUGGCUGCAAUGAUUCCCUCGCCUGGCGCAUGCCACUAUUCCAGCUGCCACGCCCUCCAGGCUUUGAUUGUCGUCGGGGCCGUGCAAUGGGCUACUUUCGUUGUCACAAAUACCUUCGCCAUCAUAGACCUUAAGAACUCUCGCCGCAACGCGAAGAAUCACCGUGAUGAUGCUUCCCCGGAGAUGAGUGCUGCUGAUGCGAAUACCAACGGCAAUACUACCACUACCGCCACUGCCGAUGGGGCUGUCUAG